AUGGGUUCGACGGAAAAUCAAAACCCGAAUAAGGGUUUGGGUCCUUGCCGGAAAAGGAAGCGUCGGGGGUUGUCGGUGGAGGAUACUUUGAAGAAGUGGAUCGAUAAUCCCGACGAGAAGAGGGCUCGUAAGGCACCGGCGAAGGGGUCUAAGAAGGGUUGUAUGAAGGGUAAGGGAGGGCCGCAGAAUCAGAACUGCCGUUACAGAGGCGUGCGGCAGCGGACGUGGGGUAAAUGGGUGGCGGAGAUACGCGCACCCAACAAGGAGAAGAGGCUCUGGCUCGGCACUUUCCCGACUGCUCUCGACGCCGCUCUGGCGUACGAUAAGGCCGCCUCGGCUAUUUACGGCGACAAGGCCAUUCUCAACAUGCCCCAGGGUUCCACCCACUCGGAUAUCUGCGAUCAACACGCCGCAGCCGGAGGCGGAAGUGAAACAGAAACGGCGGCGACUUCUUCUACCUCGGCCGUCAAUGGGUUUCAACGGCAGCAGCGACGAGUACUUCUACCUCGGCCGUCAAUGGGGUUUCAACUGCAGCGGCGACGGCUACUUCUACCUCGGGCGUCAAUGGGGUUUCAACCGCAGCGACGACGACUACUUCUACGUCGACCGUCAACGGGGUUUCAACUACAGCGGCGACUACUACUUCUAGCUCGGCCGUCGAUUUGUCCAAUGGGGUCUCAAGGGGUACUUGUGUGGGUUCUGAGGCCGCCGUGGGAGGCGGAAGCGAGACAACAACGGGAGUUCCCAGAUUACGGGACACAGGAUUUCAAGUUUGCGGACGGUGUAGACGUUUUCGGCGACAUUUUUUCUGAACUUGGAUUAUGUGAUUUGUGGGAACACUACGGAGGUUUAGGUUUAGAGGAGAUUUUUCAUCAUUAG